AUGAAAGUGACAAUGGACAAAGAUUUGGGCAAGCAAGUAUUUGCCUACUUUCUCAAUACCUUUCCCAACUCUGCCCAAUAUAUUCUUGGCCCAUUUUUCUCCGCCUAUCCGAAGGAGGUGGCCAAGGUGUGGGUGACGCAGCCGAGAAGUGGCCCAACUUAUUUUUCAGACUUCACAUGGGCGCCCAUUUGGGAGAGCUCCAAGCCAUUUAAAGGUUGGCCGAUGGGAAGCCCCCUCAAACCGAAUCCCAACACAACUAAAAAGGCCCCAUCAAAGAAAGCAUCAUGCGCCGCUAGGAAGCCCAACCACUCAAGCUCGGCGGAUGGAAAGUUUGAUUGGUAUCAUUGGUUCAAAGCAUUGACACCAAAAUUGAAGGGCCAUUGGAGGAAGAUUGGAAUUUAUGAUACAUUGCUCCUAUGUGCAGGAGCCCCUUUCCUUGUGACUGAUCUCUUAUCAUCGCGGCCUUACGUUUUUGGCCUUCCUCCACCAAUUGCAUGA